AUGCAAGAACAACAGAUUGGUAAUGUGCAAGUUCUCGAUGGUGUUCGAUCAGUCUUGCAACAUAUCAAACAUGACAGUGCUUCACUAGAAAAGAAACAAGAAUUAUCUUUGAAUUUACCACGAAAACUUAAAAUAAUCGAUGUACCCAAAAACAAAGUUCAGAAGAAUUCACCAUCAGCUCAAGAAGAUAAUGCAAGUCAUCGAGCAGAAAAUCAGCAACCUCGUGCGAGAACACUACGAGCACAAGAUGGUCCUAUAACAAGUCAAAAAAUGUGCAAUCCUUAUCCUUUCAAAAAAUUGAUCGCUCGAUUUGAAGAUGUCUCUUCAUCCAGUGACGAUCAGUUAAGUGCUUAUCUUAGCGUAAAGCUUCACGCUUUAAUAAUUAAAAUAAAAAUUUUAAAAUAUUUAUUAAAUAAACAAAUAAAUACAAACCAAUUUCUUAAUGAAUAUGCAUAUAAUGAUGGUCAUGAUCGACGUGCUGUAAAAGCUGUACGUGAACGUGAAUAUAUUUGA